AUGCUGAAAGCGAGUCUUGACCAAAUCAAAGCCAAAGAAAUAGGACUUGCUGUCUCUACCGAAACAGGGCACUCGUCUGCAGUUAAUAUGGAACUCAACACUGAGAUCACAAACUUCAAGAGAAAAGAUUUCACUCGACGCUCUUCUAACCUUCAAACCUAUUCUCCAUCCCAUGGAACCAACCAGCCUUCAUCUCUUAUUAGGACAAUCGAGACCGGCGUGCCAUUUAAACUGAACCAGGUGAAAUCCAUCGGGGAAUUGCUUGAGCAAGAGAUCGAGAUAUUAUCCGAGGGAUUAAAGGGUCGGUGCUCGCUGACCAACAAUCACUAUCCUUACAACUUGACAAUGAAAGAUAUCUGCGACUUUAUGUCAUUGCCCACAUUGGUCUAUGAGCUUGAAUACCCAUGGACCAAGAAAAUUGGCUGGCUCUAUGUUGCAGAGAAAACACUGGCCACAUUCAGUAUCAUUAUGGUUAUGAUCGCAGUCUCUCAAAUCGUGGAUAUACCCGGUGGUGAUGGAUACGUUGCGUAUGAAAGAGGAGGGAAUGACCGUGCAGCAGAGACUACCGGAAUUUCCUCCACGGUGACUUGA